UCAGAAUUGGUUGUGUGUUGCCCAAAUAAACGGAAGUGAUAUAUGUAAACAAGAUGGAUUCUUUGACAGGAGGAUGUGCCCCCUCCCCACCAAAAAGGCCGACAAUUAUUAAACAGAAUCCAGUGAAAAACGAAGGUUCCAACAAAAUACCAGUCAGACCUGCGCCCCCUGUUCCUAAGGCUCCAUCAAACACACCAAAAAACACAGACAAUGGCUCUAGGGAAGAAAUAUCAAAUGUAGAUCCUCCCAUGGGUCGCCCGUUGCCCCCAAGACCAGGUGAAAGGCCUGUUCCUCCUCGUCCCACUGACAAGCUCUUGCCACCCAGGCCCAGUGGUGGCGUCCCCUUGAAUACACAGAUUCCUGCAGGGUCUGGCAGGCCAUUACCACCAGCACCAAGCGCCAAACCCAGCCAGGAAAACCCUGUGAAGAGGAGACCAGAGAUCACCAUAGUAAGUGCGAGGCCUAUGUCAGAAGUGGGCUUUCGUGGAGAUAAACCAGUGGAAAAAUCUCAAACUAAUCAAGACUUAAUAGAUGGUGAAACUCCUGCAGAGAGACCUAGCAUUAAGAACCCUAUAGAUGUCAACUCAAACAACGUUAAAGUGCCACUGAAUCCAGCUCCUCGUGUAGUUUCUAGGCCUUUGUCCCUAGUGCAAGGUGUACAUGUAGAUGAACAAAAUAAAACAAACAUGUCAGUUGUUGUAAAGUGUCCAUCUCCAAGUCCCAGAAGUCGUACACCAAGAACUGGCAGUAAUAUAAUCAGCAAAGAACAAAUGAAACUAGUCCAGGAGAGUGUCCUGCAGCAAGAAUGUUUAAUUCCUACUCAAGUAGGUGGUGGAUCAGUCAGAAAGCCGCCCUCUAUAUCUCAAAAACCUCAAAAUCUUCCAGCAAAAUCUCAUGAGCUCAGUUCUGCUCCAGACUCAAGCUUACUUGCUUGCGGUGGCAGUUGCAAUAUUGACAGUGCCUUAAGUUCUGCUGGCUCAGAAAAUAUAGGAUCCUCUAGUAAAACUGAUGAUGUUAAUGCAAAUCUUCCGAGUGGAAGUGUUUAUGCUGUGAUAAAUAAACCAAAACGACCAACAAUAAUAAGGCCUGAAAAGACCAAACAAGAUUGUGGAUCAGUUGCACAACAAAAGUCAGAAAGUGAACAACAAACACCUCCUGAACUUCAAGCAAGAACUAGUUUACCUCAAAACAAUGAUGCAAACAAAAGUGGACAAGAUGAAGUUCCAGAAUUCCUGAAGAAGAAAUUAAGAUCUACUGUUGAUACUACACCAAGUCCCUCUGAAAGCUCCACUCUCCAACCAUCACCCAUUAAACCCAAACCUUCGCCCCUUCCCAAGCCAAAACCAUCUGCUGUCAAACCAGCUGUAUCGACAAAGCCUACUACAAAUUCUAAGCCCACAAAUCAAGCUUCUGAAAAAGCUGAACGGUCUGUUGAUAUGAUAUCAGAUGUAGAAAGUGCAAUAUCUAGUACAAAUGCAUUGCAGGAAACUCAAAACAAAAUGACAGAAAAUACAUCAUCAGUUACUAUGAACUUUAAAAGGCCAACUAUAAUCAGACCGCAAAGAGGAUUUAAAACUGCAGAAAGUGAUGAAAAUGUGAAAAGUAAUGAAUUAUCAGCAGAAGUUCCUGUAAAAUAUGUUGAUAAAAGUUCCACAGAUGUUGAAAUCAGACCUAGACCUGCCACACGGCCUGUUUCAAUGAUGAGCGUUUCUUAUAGUAAAAAAGAUGAGACGGAACCGACGAGGGAAGCAAAUGAUCUUUCCACAUCGCCAACAGGAUCUGCAGAUUUUCUUGUGCCAGGUCAUCCCAGCCCUUUGCCCCGCCCCACCCCCAGGGGCAGACCCAAAUCUGUGAUGCUCCCUCAGGCCGCCAGGCCACCUCCUCCAGCAGCAAGAGCCCAAGAUGAUUCCAGUACCGGACAAUCAUCUCAGAAACACAUAGAACCCUCCAAACCCGUCUCCCGGCCUCCCCCACCCAAACCGUCGCCCCCUCGUGUGACAAAAUCUCAGCCUGAGCCUGAUGCUCCAAGUGAAAGAGCUGAGUUGUCAGCCACUGAUAGAAGGAGCUCCCUAAAGCGGAUAGGAGUGUCAGUGUUUCCACCGGCUGUGCUGCAGGCUGCUUCUGCCAGUAAGGUCAAGGACCAGGUCAAGGUUUAUAGUGACUCCUCGGAUGAAGAGUUCUUCAUGGCCCCAGAAAAACCAGAGAGACCCUCAGCUGGGCCUAGGGUCUCACCGGCAGGGCCAGUCCAGGAGGCCAGUGUUGAGCCCUCAAGCCCCACACAGCCAGCCAACCAGGUGACCAAACCACCCAGAUCUGUUGUACCCGGCCCCAAUCCUGACAUGCCUGUGGGGCCUACCACACACGCAAGGAAAACAUCAGAGCAGGAAAAUGAGGAAGUGACUGAGAAGAGAGGCAAGCCUCCACGACCCGGUGGUGGACCUACCAGACCUACAUCAGUGCCUGUCAAGAGUUCAGCCCCACCCAAACCCUCACCUCCCAAGCCUGCAGCAGAUGGCCCCACCAAGAAGUCGGUUCCCACUUUGCCUUCCAGGCCUGGACCUGGCCACCCUCUGUACCAUCACAUGAUGCAGACACCUCACGGCGUGGCCAUGCACGACUACACUGCACAGGCUGAUGAUGAACUGCCAUUCAAGACUGGAGAGCUGCUACUGCUGGUGCGUCGUAUCGAUGCAGACUGGCUGGUGGGUCGCCUAGGGGACCGAGAGGGAAUGUUUCCUCAGGCCUUCAUCAAAGUCAAGAUGCCACUGGCUGGAGAGGCUCUGGAGGGAGACUCUCAGUCCGAGGACUCUGUUGAAAUGUCAGCCUGCGCAAGUACUGAGAAGCCUGACAACCUGGGCUCUGGACCGCGCUGCCGGGCGAGGUUUGACUUUGACGGGGAGGGCCCUGAUGACCUGGUGUUUGAAGAUGGAGAUGUCAUUAGGCUUUUGGAGAGGGUUGGUUUGGAGUGGAGACGUGGAGAGAUGAAUGGGAGACAGGGCUUGUUUCCCCUGGCAUUUGUGGAGAUUAUUGAAGAUUUGCCUGCCAAUGACAACACCAACUCUACCUCCAAGACUGUUCGAGCCGUGUUUGAUUUUGAUGGGGAACUUGGCGAACUGAGUUUCCAGGCCGGGGAUGCAAUUCAAGUGACGCACAUUGUGAACGAGGAAUGGCUGUACGGUGAAAUGGGGCCUUGCAGGGGGCAGUUCCCAGUGCAGUUUGUGGACCAUGUGCCCCCUGGGUUACCUCCCCUAGAGGUCAGUAACCACGGUAACCAGACAUGUGGACUGGAGACUGCAGCAACUUCAGGGGAUGGACUGUCAAAGAUGAAUGAAGCCACUAGACAGGAGGAAGCACAGGUCUCCAUUCAGUGUGUAGCUGUCUAUGACUUCCCAGCCCAGAGUCCUGACGACUUACCCUUCUCUGUGGGUGAUCACAUAGAGAUUGUGGAGCGGAUAGGGGCCGACUGGGCACGGGGCAGGAUAGGGGGCAGACAGGGCAUGUUCCCUGUCUCCUUUGUGGAGAUACUUCAUCAAACUGGGUCUCAGCAAGAGAAUGAUGUACAGGGACAAGAAGCCACAGAGGAAUCUGAUAUGGAGACAGGAAGGAGAGCCACAGCCCUCUAUGACUUCACUGGGGAGGCUGACAAUGAGCUCACAUUCCUUGAAGGGGACAUAAUCCUGGUUGAAGGGCCCAUGCAAGGGGCUGAGGACUGGUGUUGGGGGGUUCGCAGGGGAAACAGGGGCAUAUUUCCUGCUGCCUUUGUGGAGAUGGUAUCUUGAGUGAUAUUUUAAGCUACAUGUUAUAUGUGUCCCGAAUUACAUUUAAAGCUUGAUAUUAUAUGUAUCCUGAAUCACAGUUAACGCUUAAUGUUAUGUGUCCACAAUCACAUUUAAAGCAAAAUGGACUGAGUGAUUGAUUGAUUGACUGAUUGAUUGAUUGAUCAAGAUUUAAAAAAAUGAAGUUUGAGCUGUACAAUUGUGAUAGCCUUAAAGGCAAAACCAUGUGAAUGUCCAGUUGACCAAUAAACACGUGACUUAUUCAGUUGAAAUCUAAGUGAUGCUUUGUGUUGUUAAUAAGUUAUUUAUGAGGAAAAAUUUUAAUUAUGAUGAAACUGUUUAUUUUGAAAAAAGCUGAAAAGAGCUAAAAUUGUUAUUUGUCAAAAAUUGACUUUUUGAUUUAAUACAAACUAUAUGACAUUUCAAAAGUGCUUUUUUAGCUCUGUUUGUAUACUUUUAUAAGAAAAAAAUUAAGGGCUGUACUUUUAAGUUACAGGUGAAUAAAUAGAUUUUGAA